AUGGUUUUCUCAAACACAAGUACACGUGAUCUGAACUUGUGCCAUGCAAAGCAAUUUCGUUGGAUCCCAAAACUCUUCUUGAGUCAUCGGGACAAAAAGAGAUUAUAUUUAGAGAAGCUGAAGGGCUGUAAAGUCUUAUGGACACGCAAGGCUAUCAAAGAUGUCACUGUAAGACGAAGUGUGAAACGAAUAAAUGUACCUGUCGUGUAG